AUGGUCGCUUGGUGUUACAAGUCUCAUGGAGCUGCUGCUGACGAGCAACUGAAGAAGGUUGAUGCUGGAAUGAAGAGAGAGCACAUUGCUUAUGGACUGAUCGGACUGACAAGCUUGUACCUGAUGGUCGGAGAAGAAGCAAUGUUCGUGUCCUACCUGAUUACAUUUUUCUACCCGGCCAGUGACAGUUUUGAAGCAAUCAAAAGCAAAGGCUCAGAAGCCGUCACCCAACUUCAGCACUGGAUUGCAUUUGGAUUUUUCGCACUAAUCAAAGAGUUGUGGAAUCGUCCUGAAAACAGAGGCUCUGGUGAAGGUACUAUUGACUCAAAUUCGAAAAAAAUGGGACGAUUACAUGUCUUCCUUGACAUCUUUCUCAGAUAA